AUGCUUAAAGUUGGUUUUCCAAUGGUCCAUGCUUGUGGUGUAGAAGGUGAUUAUAAUUACAUCGUUAUUGAUUUGCUUGGACCAAGUCUAGAAGAUUUUUUUAACAUACUUGAGACAUAUCAUAAAAGGUCAUUCAUGCACAGAGAUGUGAAACCAGAUAACUUUUUGAUGGGGCUAAAAAAUAGAGGUGGACCUGACGUUGUACAUAUAAUUGACUUUGGCUUGUCUAAAAGAUAUAUCGAUCCCAGGACUAAAAAGCAUAUCGAAUACAGAAAGGAUAAAUAUCUGACUGGCACAGCCAGAUAUGCCUCCAUACAUUCACAUUUGGGCGAAGAAAUGUCAAGGAGAGAUGAUAUGGAAUCCCUUGCAUACAUGAUGAUCUAUCUUUACAAAGGAGAACUUCCUUGGCAAAACUUAAAGGAUUAUUUUUCAGAUUAAUGCUAGAAAAUUAAGGAAGUGAAGCUUGCAACAAGUACCAAAUCACUUUGCAAGAACUGUCCCAGAGAUAUGAUAAAGUUUGUAGAUUUAUGCAAAAACUUAACUUUUGAUCAAGAACCCCCUUACUAGCAAUUGAUUAAUAUAUUAAAUGGACUUGCUGACAAAGAGGGUAUAGAUUUAACUGAUAAACAGUUUGACUGGGAUGAAAAUAAAUUCCAGACAUUCAAUGAAGAUCCAGAAAGAAUAAGAAUUAUGAAUAUUCAAAAUUCUAAUGUCAUCUAAGCUUAUAGCGCAAUGAAAUAGGCUCUGGAAGACCAAGAUCUAAAUCUCAGAAAUGAAAGAAUAAAAGAAAUAAAUCUAGAAAGAAUUAGAAACUAAGGCUAGUAUUAAUUGGUGAUUUAGAGAAUCCUCUAUCAAUACAGAGAUCCAGAGAAGAUCAAGCGUGUAGGUUCUGAAGAGAAUGUUAGAAAAUAUAAACCAAAAGCUUGCAGUAAGAGUCCUCGUAAAAUUAAAAAGAAGAAUCCGAAAUUUGUUUCAGUUCAAGAUUCAGAUAUAAACCUUCAAAUUAAAAGUAUUACUAAUCAACUAACUUACUAAUUAUUAGAUACAACUCAAUAUUUAUUGGGAUGUGAUUCUAAGGGAUCCAAGUCAAAAAAAAGAAAAGAUCCUCAAAUAUUGUAAACUAGUCUGAAAAUAGAAAAUCUCAAGAAUCUUAACUUUUAAGAUUACGAAAAUAAUUAUAAGAUUGUAGUAAGUCAAUUAAAUGAUGAAGAAGAGCAGGCUUCGUCAUAAAAAGAGGAAAUAUAUGAGUGUGAAAUUAACUUUGCAGACGAUAAUAUUUCUGACUAUUAAAUUCAGUUAGUACAUUAGACAAGUGCAAAAGAUAGUAGUGUUUUAAUUAUGAAUAAAGGCCAAGCCACUCUGUAGAUAUCUUGA